GAUGUUGUCGCUGUACGUGUCCUUCCACCAGCCGAUUACGAGCUAGCGACAACUUACGAACGCCGGCAACUAUUAUAUUACCUGGAAGUGUACUGAGUUGGCGUGAUCUUUACUUUCUUGUGUUCUCGAGUCUUGAGAUCUUGAGAUCUUGAGUCCACACGGCGCGCUCUUUUCUCGCUCAGUCUCUCUUUUCGGCGAAGAACACAUCGCGUUGACUUGGGGAAACACAACUUUCUCUCUGUCACUGGUGCAUCGUCACCCGUAGCCAUCUCUAGUCGUUCUCACUUCGAGAAAUGACUGAUGCUGUAUUGUCGAAGCCUCGCCUGGCCCCAGAAAUUACGGAUAUCAUACUCGAUCACCUGCACGCCGACAAACCCACACUCUCGGCCUGCUCAAUUGUUUGUCAAGGAUGGCUCAAUACAGCUCGUUUUCAUCUCUUUCGAGAGAUUACAAUCUAUCGGUUCUUCAAAAACGAGGGAGAGGGAUUCAAUGCAUUCGUCACAUUUCUGCGCAACACGCCAAGCGUACGCAGCUACAUAUGCAGCUUGACCUUGACGAACAUGAGUCCUGCGCAGGACGUAUCUCUCAGCCGGGAUAAAUUCGACUACUUUGCCAUCAUUUAUCGAGGCCUUCUACUCGCUAUCUUCGAGAACAUCCCGCGGCUUCAUACUCUCAUCCUUAUCAAAACCUUUUGGGUGCAUGAUGACAGUCUUCCGUCUUCGUAUUCACCACCCAUGCAUCCGUUGUGCAACAACCUAACUUGUAUACCACCGCUUAGAAAACUUAUGAUCUCGUCAAGCUACGACAAUACCGAUGUCACCAUGCUGACGUAUUUUACCAGUCUUCAGGAACUCCAUCUCAAUGAAGUCAGCACCAUUGGCGAUCACGAACGCAACACUGCUACAUACCCGUCGCUCAAUGUCGGGACCUUUCGUGCAAUCAAUUAUAAUCACGGGCUCAGCAAAUGGAUAUCCGUAGUCAUGUUGCCUGGAGUGUGUCCUUCUUUGCGGUCCUUGACCCUCCCACUUUCUGAGAUCCCGCUUGGACCUCGUUUCCGUCAUCAUAUGACAUACUUCGAAGGAGGAUCUGGGAAAGCGCGUUUCAAUUGGCUUCAUGAUAAGGUGGCCCCUCAUCUACACGAUCUGGAGCUACUCAUGGAGAGCUCAACACUGCAGAUAGUUGGAAGCGCACUCGAGUCCUCAGGAGACUUUGUGUUUGGCACAUGUGUGAACCUUAGUUCUCUCACUUUCUCAAAGCUAUUGCUCUCCCCACCCCGCUGGGGUUAUUACAGAGGCGACACUUGGGCAUUCAUACUUCACUGCCUUCAGAACAUACCCUUAGCCAACCUCAAGAUGAUCACGGUCAAUUUCGAUGUGGGUCGUGGCAGCUCAGUACUUGAGCGGUUGCGGAUGUUGGACUGGGUUACGUUCAGACGGGUCUGGGAAGAACACGAGUUGAAAGGACGAAUCAAGUUCAAUGUGACUCCUACGAUCGACGCAAAGGAGAAGGCAGACGUUUUGGACCGCAUGCGCUGGUUCUUGGACCGACAGUUGCUCUAAUGAUCAAACUGUGACGAUAUGUUCACAGAGCGAAGUCUUUACAGAACGAGAUAGUAGCAAAAGGACAAUCGCGUGUUUCGGUUCCUGUAUGAGCAAGGAGGCAUUUGCGAGAAGAGCCUCGUUGUUUCCAUGACGUUCAACAUUGCUGCGAACACUUAUCAAACGAUCCCCAUAUACCCUGAGAGAACUCCCUAGGUGUUAAAAAAGAACAGCGACCAUGAGUCAGUUCACUUAUUGUCUUUGACAUUCUAUGAAUAAUGAUGCUUGACUUCGCUCUCCUCACACCUUGAUUAAUCUUCCGAAGUAAUAACGAACGUGGUGAUUGACUAUAGUAUAUUUGCUCUGACAAAUCCCCUCUUGCAAGAUGCACGAUCAUAUGUCCCGGACAGCAUUAUUCCAGCUACAUUCAGAACGAUAGGCCCCUCCAAAAAAAUCACUCAUCGUAACCGAGGUCUAAUUUACACAGCUUAGCAGGUGCCGAGCUCAGGCGAAGCUUGUGACCAUUUUGUGACCGGAGACCAGUCGGGCCUUUCCUGGACAUUUCUAGUCACAGUCGCGCCACGACAACGAUGACCGAUCCAUUUGGGCCAUAGAGUAAUUGCAUGCAGCAGUAGUACAGUACUGUAGUUUGUCAGAUAAUGGCAAGAGUCAGGCUACCUACGUUCA